AUGUUUACUCCUGAACAAUUUGCCGCAAAUUAUUAAAUCAAUUUUUCCAAGUUAAUAGGCAAAGGACAUGAUAGUACAGUAUUUUUGACUAUGAACAAAUAGACUAAACAAUAAUUUGCAUUAAAAUGUUUGGCAUAAACUAUUGAAUAGAAUGCAAUAAAUUUAUUCGUAAUUAUAAUAUCAUAUUUUCAAGAGAACGAGAUCCAAAUACUCCGUCACAUUCAACAUCCGCACAUUAUAACUAUGUUUGGAUAUUGUUCAGAUUGUUCAUGUAUGUUACUUGAAUUAAUGACUAAUGGUUCUCUAUAUAAAAUUUUACUUUAAGGUCCUUUACCUUUAGCUAUAGCAAAUGGAAUAAUAAUCUAAAUUGCUUAGGCUUUAGAAUAUCUUCAUGCUAAAGGAAUAACUCAUGGAGAUAUUAAAUUAGAUAAUCUAUUAAUAUCUGGAGAUUAUAUAAUAAAAGUAUGUGAUUUUGGAUUUGCAAAAAUUAAUGGAUAAACUCCAAUUCCAAAGACUACAGUAUCAGGGAGUGAAGGAUAUACAGCUCCUGAAAUUUGGUAGAUUCCAAUAGAUUUGAAAAAAUGUGAUAUGUUUUCUUUGGGAGUGGUUUAUUUUAUAAUGAUAACUGGGCAUCCUCCAUUUGAAUCAAAUAAUCCAUAAAUGGAGGAUACAUGGUGGAAGCUUAUCAAGAAAGAGGAAUGGAAUGUUUUUUGGAAAGAAUUAAAAUUAACUAUACUACCAGAAUAUGUUAGAAUAAUUAUAUAAAAAUUAUUAUGUGUAAAUUAUCAGAUGAGAUAUACAGCAGAUGAAAUCAUAUAAAUAUUAAUGGAUAAAUGUGCAACAUCAGAUUAGAUAGUUGAUGAGAUAAAAAAAAGAAUCAUUUAGUAAAAAUGA